GAACCGGAAGUAGUUAAUUGUGGUGAGGUAGACACCGCGCCAACGAAGUCAGUUUGACGCCGGUAUCAUUAAAGUACACACUCUUCGACGGUAUCGUGUUUGGGCCAACAUCAAACUGACUUCACCUCUGUAAGCUGGUGGGGGAGACCGCUCGGGACCAAAUCAAGCCUCCGCAUAACCACUCGUGUUUGAAGAGUUGUGCUAAUGGCUGACAAAGAGGAGACGAUGGACUUCUCUGAGGACCAUGACAGUUCACCAGCAGCGGAGAAGAACGGACGAACCUCGUUGCUAGACAGCGGGGAGGACUUUGAAGUGUUGGACGAAGAAGACAUUGACGACGACCCGCCUCCUCUGGAAGAUGCUGGAGGAGGCAAGGGGAAAAGCACAGAUGUGUCAGACGAGAGAAACGAAGACACAGAUCCGGAUCCCCCAGGCCAAGUCGAGGAAUGGCUGGACGUUUUAGGUAAUGACCAGCUAAAGAAAAAAGUCCUGGAGGCCGGGCAAGGGCGAAACAGUCGGCCACAUAAAGGACAGAAUGUGAAGAUUAAUCUGAAGACCUCCCUGAAGGAUGGGACACUGGUAGAGGAGCAGUCUGACGUACAUUUCACUUUGGGAGACGGUGAUGUUUUUCAGGCUCUUGAUCUCACUGUGCAGCUCAUGGAAAUGGGAGAGAAGGCCCUCAUCCAGACAGAUGGAAAAUAUGCAUAUGGCCCCCGUGGGAGACUUGAACCCAAGGUCCCUCCCAAUGCGGAGCUGUCCCUAGAAGUGGAACUGCUGGAAUCUACGGAUGCUCCAGACCUGGAGCUGCUGGCCCCUAUAGAAAAGAUUGCCCUUGCCAGCCUUAAGAGAGAGAGGGGCAAUGUUCAUUAUCAGCGUGGGGACUAUGCCUUUGCUGUCAACUCGUAUAGUAUUGCCCUGCAGAUAACAGAGUCUAGUUCCAAAGUUGACAUUACUCCUGAGGAGGAGGACGCAUUGAUGGAUGUGAAAGUUAAGUGUUUAAACAACAUGGCUGCCUCUCAGCUGAAACUGGACCACUAUGACGCGGCACUUAAAUCUUGUGUCUCAGCUCUUGCCCAUCAGCCAGAGAACAUAAAAGCACUUUUCCGCAUGGGCAAGGUAUUGGCCUUGCAAGGUGAAUACACAGAAGCCAUGCAAACUUUGAGGAAGGCAUUGAAGUUGGAACCAAGCAACAAGACGAUCCAUGCAGAGCUCUCCAAGCUGGUGAAGAAGAACUCAGAGCAGAGAGGAGCGGAGCAGGCCAUGUAUAAGAAGAUGCUGGGUAACCCCACUAGUAGCAACAGCGGCACACAGAAACACCGGGCCAAGUCUUCAUGGGGUCUCAGCUGGAAAUGGCUAUUUGGUGCCACUGCGGUAGCUAUCGGGGGUGUAGCGCUAUCCGUUGUCAUAGCUGCUAGAAAUUGAACCCAGCCUGUAGUGAAAGUCUGACCCCUGCAAUGUCAGAACCAAUACACAGAAGCACAUCUGGCAGGGCCUUCUUAGCUUUGCUCAAAGUGGGUGGAAAUGCCAGUCGGGUCAGUCCCUUCUUCACUGUCUCUCGUUUCUCUGCUAUGUUUGAGAAGUUUAACGUGAUGAAUAAUUAAACAUCGAUAUUUGCAUAUGGGAAAUGUUCUUUCCAAUCGUCAGGAUGUUCAUGCAUAUCAGUUGCAUUGCCACACACUGUUUUUUUUUCUUUUUCUGUUGCUGCCAUUGUUGUUGUCUUUGGUAGCUGAUAUUGGAAAUUGAUAUAGUUUACUGUAGAUGCCACAUAAAAGCUAUUUAUAAAAUAUUUUCCCAGUAAAGUUAUGCUAUAGUUUUAAAGCAUCAGAUAGUGCAGUUAACACUUAACAUUUCAAAUUGUUUUAAUUGUGGUACGAAGUUUUAUGUCAACUUUGUGUAAUGCAGAUGGUCUGUUUGAGGUUCACACACCGGACGAUACUUUGCUAGUUUGUCCCAUCUCUUAAAAGACCAUUCAUAGAGUGACCAGAGAAACAGAGACACCUUUACAACUAUCAACAAGAAUACACUACCUUACUUUAAGUUUUCGGUCUUUUGAUGAGUUUGCAUGAUGGUUAUUUUGGCUGAGGAGUGUGUUGUUAGACCUGGCCUCAACACAGCUAAAUGGUAAAUUGUCUGUAUUUAUGACAUUUUUCUAGUCUUGAUGACAACUCAAAGCGAUAAGUGGCCUGAUUGAGCUCCAUGGAACUUGGUCAUCUGAUUAGAAUCCAAUGAUUUAUACUCUGUCCCUCAUGUAUAAGUACUUUAAAGUGUCAGCUAGUGGAGAUAUACUGCACUGAAUGUUCAGCGUUCCGAAAUGAGUCAUUUCAUGUUUGCAGCUUUACCUUUAAAACAGAGGCAGAAAAUGAUAUGUGAAGUUUAUCUGUAUAAUGUCUGUUAUUGAUACUCAAGGAUAGUUUAUUUUUAUUAUCCAAUUCCAGAUUAAAUUGUUGAUGAGUAAGACCAAAUGCUGAAGGAUGAACCCUCAAGUUCCAUGUUGGGUGUUUGUUUUUUUCCAUCUUUAUGCGCUUACAUUUUUCUGCCUGUACGUUUUUCCUGAAAUUAUAAUCCUAUGAUUGUUUAUUUAUUAGAUUGUUUUUGCUAUUUGCUUUCAUCUCUCAUUUUCGUCCGCUUAUCCGGGGUCGGGUUGUGGGGGGAGCAGCUCAUACAUUUAUUAAAUGUGAUUACACCAAAGCUGUGGCUUCUUCAGUGUACAGUCAGUUCUACAGAGCCAAAAGUUGCAUAAAACAAAGUGAUCAUGAUAAAAACCUUGCAUUCCCUGCUUUUGUUAAUUUUAUAUUUAUCUCAAUAAAAAAAAUGUUUCUGUUCUCAAA